AUGUCCCAAGAAUUCGUCGGCCGCUGGAAGCUCGUUCACUCCGAGAACUUCGAGGAGUACAUGAAGGAAGUCGGAGUUGGAUUGAUCACCCGCAAGGCUGCUGCCAAUUUGAAGCCAACUUUGGAAAUCAAGGUCGAGGGAGAUGUCUGGCACUCAAACCAAUAUUCCACCUUUAAGAACACCACUCUUUCCUUCAAGUUGGGAGAGGAAUUCAACGAGACCACCCCAGAUGGCCGUACCGUCCAAUCAGUUGUCGUUUUCGAGAACGGAAAGUUCGUUCACACCCAAAAGAAGGACGGAAAGGUCGAGUCAACUAUCACUCGUUAUAUGGAAGGAGACAAGCUCAUCACAACUCUCCAGGCUGGAUCCGUUGUUUCUCGUCGUGAAUACACCAGAGAAUAG